AUGGCCUCUUCUUCGGAUUCUCAAGCAUUCUCAACCAGUUCUCCCGAAACCGACAGCAAGAUUAAAUAUGAUGUCGACAUUGAACGGCAGGUUGACUGUGAUAAGGAGGUCGCACCGGAGACCUUCUAUGCGUCAAAAUAUGGUGCUUUGGGGCCGAUGUUCGCUAAGCUGUUCGAUAGUGGUGUAGAAGCAAGAGGUAUCGAGCGUGUACCGGAAGACCAGCGAGACCCGAAGAAUACUUGGAACAAGUCAGUUAACACGACUUUGACAGCAAUUCCUGUCGGCACCCUUGCUCAAGGGCUCUUUACCUUGACUUUUCCACAUGCAGUCGCUACUAUACUCUGUUUUGGGGCUCUGGGAGCAGCAGCGAGUGCAUUUGUCGCCACUCUCGGACCGAAGACAGGCAUGCGUACAAUGAUCAUUACAAGAUAUAGCUCCAGUCUCAUCGGGUGCACAAUCUAUUCGAUCCUUAAUAUAUUAACACAACUUGGCUUCGCAACUACGUGCCUGAUACUGGGCGGUCAAACUCUCGCAUCUAUCAAUCCUGGUACACUCCCACUUACGGUCGCUAUUAUCAUUAUUGCUGUUGGCAGUCUUAUUCCGUGCCUCGUCGGAUACAACCUUGUACAUUUCUACGAGCGGUAUGCAUGGAUAGUCGUAGCAGUUAUCAUGCUCAUGCUGCUGGGCCUUGGAGCUCAGGCUGGUUUCGAUGUCAGUUCGCAGAAAGCAUCUGAGGAUGAGGGUAGGUCACUUGCUGCAGAUAUUCUGAGCUUUGGUGGUAUUGUUUACGGUUCAUCCAGUUGGGCACAAGUUGCUGCAGACUUUAAUUGUCAACUUCCUGCCUCGAUUUCGAGCACCAAGGUGUUCGUCCUAACAUUCUUUGGUAUCUUUAUCCCAACCACCCUUGUUGAAAUCCUCGGAGCUGUUUUGAUGACUAUAUCUGACCCUGCGUAUUCUACUGCCUUUGAGAAUGGCGGAACGGGUGGCUUGUUAAGUCAAGUACUCUCCCCGUGGAAGGGAGGCGGAAAAUUUCUGUUGACACUCCUUGCCCUUUCCGCAAUAGCCAACAAUAUCCCCGGCACUUACGCCAUCGGGCUUUGCACACAAGCUCUUGGUCGUCCGUUUGCGCUUGUCCCUCGCUUCAUCUGGACUUUCCUCGCCUUUGUGAUUUACACUAUUGCAAGUGUUGCAGGACGAGAGCACUUUGCUGAAAUUCUCUCAAAUUUCCUGUCCAUUCUUUCGUAUUGGAUCGCCUUCUUUGUUGUGAUCAUGGCAGAAGAACACUUCAUCUUCCGCAGGAAAGGGGGAAGAUUGGGCGGAUAUGAUUUGGAAGCGUACGACGACCGGAACAAAUUACCGUUAGGCGUUGCUGGAGUCAUGGCAGGUUGUUGUGGUGUGCUUGGAGCUAUUGUCGGGAUGUCCGAAAAGUGGUAUGUAGGACCUAUUGCAGCCAAAAUUGGACCGGCUGGAGCGGACCUAGGGUUCGAGCUUGCUGCGGUGUUUGCUGCAGUGACCUAUCCACCCCUGCGCUGGUUGGAAAUACAGCUGACAGGCAGAUAG